UUCCCUCUAGAAUCAUCCAAAAUGGAGCCUCUUACAGCGUACCCUUUAAGAUGUUCAGGGUCGAAAGCAAAGGUAUUUGCAGUUUUACUGUCUAUGGUUCUAUGCACAGUAAUGCUAUUUCUUCUACAACUAAAAUUCCUAAAACCUAAAAUCAACAGCUUUUAUACCUUUGAAGUGAAAGAUGCAAAAGGAAGAACAGUUUCUCUGGAAAAGUUUAAAGGCAAAGAGGUUGCGCUAGUUGUAAACGUGGCUAGUGACUGCCAACUCACAGACAGAAAUUACUUAGCACUGCAGGAACUGCACAAAGAGUUUGGACCAUUUCACUUCAGCGUCUUGGCCUUUCCAUGCAAUCAGUUCGGAGAAUCGGAGCCCCGCCCAAGCAAGGAAGUAGUAUCUUUUGCAAGAAAUAACUACGGAGUGACAUUCCCCAUCUUCCACAAGAUUAAGAUUCUAGGAUCUGAAGCAGACCCUGCAUUUAGAUUUCUUGUUGAUUCUUCAAAGAAGGAACCGAGGUGGAAUUUCUGGAAGUAUCUGGUCAACCCUGAGGGCCAAGUUGUGAAGUCCUGGAGGCCAGAGGAACCCAUUGAAGUCAUCAGGCCUGAGAUAGCAGCUCUGAUAAGACAAAUGAUCAUAAGAAAGAAAGAGGACCUGUGAACAUGGUAGUGAGUCAUUCAGAUGCAGUAGUCGGAAUAUAGACAUGUCUGGUGGGGCGUGGGGGCGGGGGAGGGUGUCUCAUCUUAAAGACUCUGACAAUUAAAUGUGGCCCUGAAGGAUGGGGUGUUUUGUUUUUAGGAUACGUUGCCAGUGAGUGGUAAUGAAUGUCCCCAGGUCAGAGAUGUUACCUAAAGCAAAAAUAAAGAGUAGCUAAAGAAUCAAAAUACAAUAUAUUAAAUAUUUCAUCUGACCACACUAAGUAAUUCAGAAUACAGAGUCACCAAUGUGCUUCAAUAUCCUGUUGUUCACCUUGACAUUUUCCAGGAUUGUACUUGAUGGAAAUGCCAACACACUAGACCACUGUUUGAAUUCAAGACACUGUAUGUGACUGAAAUUUCGGGAGUAACUAACUAUAAAUGGCUAUUUUUAUGUAAUAAAAUACAAAAUAAACAUUGAAAAAUGUGAAAUA